AUGUCAGGCCUUACAGGAUUCUCGCAUCUUACACUCACCGCUCCAACUGUUGAAUUGUAUACACGAUGUAAAGAUUUCUAUAGUGGGCUUGGUUUUGUGACGGUCAGACACAACGAACCAGCGAAACAUACUUUAUUGCAUCUGUUUGGUGAGCAAGGGGAGAAAGAUGUUACUAUCAAAUUAGUUUACAACGGACACGCAUAUUUGAAAGAAAGUCCUGUAGAGGGUGAUUGGAGAUUACAGCCUAUAUGCGUUACCGUUAUCGCUGCAGAUAUUGAGGCAAUAAAAAUGCAAUUAACUUCCUUAUCGGUUGUAUUCAAAUCCUACUCGAUCGCCAAGCCUUCAACCAUGUUAUCAGUUCCUUCUCCCACAGAUCCCGUUCCUUCCCCGCUAUCUUCUCCUUUCAUUUAUCCAGCCAACGUUUCUCAACUUGAUGUCUACGCGCACGAUCCGUUAAAUAACCUUAUUUGUUUUACAAACAAAAUGUCUCCUUUCUCACGAAAUGUGCUACUGCCACCUAGCGUGAUGGAGAGUAGAAUGGAGAGAGAGCCAGUACAUAAAACACAAACAGAGCAUAAAGACUCGAAAUUGAAAACAGAAGCGGGGUCGGAGAAGAUUUUGAAUGAUGGAAGAGUUAGAAGGAGGAGGAUUGGUGUUUUGACUAGUGGAGGUGACUCACCUGGAAUGAACGCUGCGGUCAGAGCGAUUGUUCGAGUUGCUAUUUCCAAGGGAUGCGAGGCGUAUGCCAUAUUCGAGGGAUUUGAAGGUCUCGUCCGAGGUGGUGACAUGAUUAAAGAAUUUCAUUGGGCUGACGUUAGAGGAUACUUAACAAUCGGUGGAACUUUGAUCGGUACGGCUCGCUGCAAAGAAUUCCGUACACGAGAGGGACGUUUGUCUGCCGCGCAUAACCUUGUAAAGAAAGGAAUCGACUCGCUUAUCAUUAUUGGCGGUGAUGGAUCAUUGACUGGGGCCAACAUUCUACGAUCAGAGUGGACGGGGUUAUUAGAGGAGCUUGUGAGCGAGGGCCGCCUAAGCAGUGACGAAACCGAACCUUACACUCAUCUAACCAUCGUCGGUCUUGUCGGAUCAAUUGAUAACGACAUGUCUUCGACUGAUAUAACCAUCGGUGCCGCCACCUCUCUUCAUCGCAUCUGUGAGGCUGUGGACAGCAUCUCGUCCACCGCUGCUAGUCAUUCGAGAGCUUUUGUAAUUGAAGUUAUGGGACGUCAUUGUGGCUGGUUGGCUUUGAUGGCUGCUAUUAGCACAGGAGCAGAUUACGUCUUUCUACCUGAGCGUCCUCCAGUUGGAGAUGAUUGGGAGGAACAGUUCUGCGAGAUAUUGAAGAAGAAUCGUGGAGUUCAGCUUGGAAACCGCAAGACAAUUAUCAUUGUCGCUGAAGGGGCAGUAGAUCAAAAUCUAAAACCAAUAAAAGCAGAUUAUGUCAAAGAAAUUUUAACCACAAAGAUGGGAUUGGACACGCGUGUUACUUGUCUUGGACAUACUCAGCGUGGUGGACGGCCUUGUGCUUUCGACAGGAAUCUUGCAACGAGACAAGGCGUUGAGGCGGUUGAUGCAGUCUUGAGUGAUACUCCAGAAACUGAGCCAUCAAUGAUUGGUCUACGAGAGAAUGCAGUUACACGCUUACCAUUAAUGGAAGCCGUCGAGCUGACUGGUCAGGUAGUCAAAGCGAUUAACGAGAAGGACUUUCGCGCCGCUAUGGAAUUAAGAGAUCCUGAAUUUAGCGAAGAUUUCAUUGCUUAUACGAGUAUCAAUACGAUAAUUAAUCAUGGAUUGACUCUUCUUGAAGAACAGCGUCUCCGAAUAGGAAUAAUUCACGUUGGCGCACCAGCAGGGGGAAUGAAUACCGCGACGAGGGCAGCUGUCCGUUAUGCCAUUAAUAACGGCCACGUUCCCGUCGCAAUUCAUAACGGCUUUCCGGGUCUUCUCAAAGAUAGUGUUCACGAGUUUACUUGGUUAGGUACCGAAGACUGGGAGUCAAAGGGAGGCAGUGAACUGGGCACAAAUCGCACGCUGCCGGAUAUUGAUUUAGGCAUGGUCGCGUAUAAAAUGCAACAACAUUCGAUUAAUGCGCUGUUGAUAAUCGGAGGAUUUGAGGCGUACAGAAGUUUGAUUAUUUUGAAUAGCGAGCGGCCGAGAUAUCCAGCCUUCUGCAUACCUAUGGUGUGUUUACCGGCGACUAUUUCGAACAAUGUUCCCGGAACGGAUUUUUCCCUGGGAAGUGAUACCGCAUUAAAUGCUAUCGUUGAUAGUUGCGACGCUUUGAAACAAAGCGCGUCGUCUAGCAGAAGGAGAGUGUUUGUGGUUGAAGUGCAAGGUGGUACGUGCGGAUUCUUGGCUGUCUUGUCUGGGCUUGCGGUUGGCGCUACAAGUGCUUAUAUACCUGAAGAGGGGAUAUCUUUGAUGAAAUUACAAGACGAUGUGAAUCAUUUCGUACGAAGAUUUGGUGAUGAUGAGAAAGGAGUAAGUUCGGGACGAUUGAUUUUAAGAAAUGAAUCUCUCUCGGAAACAUACACAACGGAUGUGAUAGCUAACAUUAUAAAGACUGAAGGCCAAGGUUUAUUUGAUUGUCGUACAUGUAUUCUAGGACAUAUCCAACAAGGUAGCACUCCAUCUCCUCUUGACCGUAUUCGGGCAACAAGGUUAGCGGUGAAGUGUGUAAAUUUCUUGGGACAACAUGCUACUUCAAACUUGCCAUCGGGAGAUGAGAGAGACAAAUUGUUGGAGGAGAACGCGGUAGUCAUUGGAAUUAGCGGAGCUCACGUUGUCUUUACGGAUUGGGAUGAGGAUUGGGACGAGAAUCGACCGAGAGAUAUACGCCAUCGUGCUGAAGCGUAUGUAUUAUUGGAGACCAUGGUUGAAUUAUAUUUGACUGAACAACUAUCAAACGAAUACAAGUGUCUGUACGAGGAACUCUACAAUACUGACGUCACCAUACAAGUUGAAGAGGAAGGCCAUUCUAAAACUUUUCGAGCCCAUUGGUUGAUUUUAAGCGUACGUUCAUCAUAUUUCAAAGAUAAACUAUACCGCAAUCAAGCCGGCAGCCAAUAUGCUUCGCCGGCAAACAUCAUCAUUAAACAAAUCAAGCCCAAACUAUUUGAAAAACUUCUUCAAUACAUUUAUGUAGGAACGUUUAAGAUUGAAGACGACAUCAGCAGUAACUUUGAAGCAAUUGAGGGUGCGAAUAGGCUCGAGUUGACUUACUUGGUGGAGAAGAUUCAAACGAGUCUAAUCACGUGCAAAAAAGAUCUAUUGCAACAACACAUUGUACAAGUGAGUCGUUUUACCUCUCAGCAGACGAAUCUUACAAUUCUAGAAAAUUUUUGCAAAAAUGUCUUUGAAAAUUCUCCAGAAAUUAUAUUUGCGGCAAUAGAUUUUCUGGACACUAGCGAAGAGACGAUAGUGGAAUUAUUACACAAAGACAUUGAGUUGCCUGAAGGUAAAAUAUGGGAACACGUUCUUCACUGGGGUGUAGCCAAAAGGCCAGAACUCAAGCUUCAAUCUUUUAAAGAAUGGUCUGCUGCAGAUAUUGAAUAUGUGAAAGAACGACUUAAAAACUGUAUUCCUCUCAUCAGAUUUUUUCACAUGCAACAAAGUGAAUAUUUAGAAAAAGUUAUACCAUUUCUUCUUUUACUUCCAAACGGGUUAUGGAUUGAUCUAGUAUCUUACAAAACUGACAGUAGCUACCAGCCUUCAUCUAUGAUGUUGCCACCCAGGAAAAGAAAGUCAAUAACUGAGAAUGUUGAUAGUAAUAGUACUACAUCUGUUACUGUGGAUGUUCUUCCAACUUUACACAACACGUCUGAUUAUGAUGAAGGUGCAGUAGACUUGAUUCCUUGCUUAAACUUCCAAUCAGAUGAUACAAUACAUAAUAUUGAGCUUAUAAAUACCAAUGACAGUAGUUCAAGUACAUCUAACCAAUCAUUAUAUGAAAAGAUCAACAAUGACAUUUCCAAUACUAUGCCAUCUCAGGAAAGAAUACCAUUGAUUCUCAAUGAAGAACAG